CCCGUACCGCCCCUGCUCCUGCCCCGCGUCGCCCCCGUGCCGCCCCUGCUCCUCCCCUGCUCCUCCCCCGUACCGCCCCCGUGCGGGGGCCGGCGGCGGGGCGGUGUCUGUGUGUCUGUCUGUCUGUCUGUCUGUCUGUCUGUGUCUGUGUCCGUGGCCGGGCCGUGGUCGCCAUGCUGCCGCUGGCGCUGCUCCGCCGCCCGCUCGCCGCCGCCGCCCGCCUGGCCCUGCCGCGCUCCGGCCCGCAGGUAUGCCUUGCUACAGGGCCCAGACAAGAUAAUGGCGUUUUCUACGAAAUUCGCACCUAUGAUAUUAAGCCAGCGAAGAUGAAGGAGUUUUUGGGAAUGAUCGACAAGUACUUGCACAUCCGCACAGCUCACUCGGAGCUGGUAGGAUUCUGGUACUCGGAGCUGGGAGCCAUGAACAAGGUGUUUCACAUUUGGAAGUACGAUAAUUUUGCCCACAGAACAGCAGUACGGCAUGCACUAGCAAAUGACAAAGAAUGGCAGGGAAAAUUAAUCUCUGCAAUUCUCCCCUUGGUAGAGAAGCAGCACAAUGAGGUUGCUUAUCUGGUGCCCUGGUGUCAACUUGGGAAGCCUCCAAAGGAAGGGGGUGUAUAUGAAUGGGUUACUUUCCAGAUGAAGCCUGGUGGGCCAGCAUUGUGGGGUGAAGCAUUUCGAGCUGCAAUGAAUGCUCACAUCAACACAGGAUAUACUAGGUUGAUUGGUGUUUUCCACACAGAAUAUGGAUUACUUAACACAGUCCAUGUGUUAUGGUGGAACGAGAGCGCAGAUGACCGGGCAGCAGGAAGACACAGUGCCCAUGAAGAUGCCAGAGUUGUAGCAGCUGUGCGUAACAGUGUCAGAUUCUUGGAGUCCCAGCAAAAUGUACUUCUGAUUCCCCUUCAAUGCUCACCACUGAAGUAGCUUUCUUCUAAAGGAUGCAACUGAUGGCAGAAGAUGGAAGUGCUGUCAGCAAGUGACAUGGAUUCCCAUACCCUCAUGACCUGAGUUGUUCUUCUGUUGGCAAAAAAAUAGAUGCAAACUAGCAAUGUAAAUCAGCACUCUUGAUCCCAGUUGUUAAACAAGAAGUUUAUGAUGAUAUUCCUACAUCUCCAGGACAACGAACUUAGCCAUAUCAUGACACAAACCAUGCCUCACCAAUCUUCUAUUUUAUCCCUAAGUUCUUCAUAAUUUUUCAUAGCUAGUUUACUUAUCAAACUGAAUAAGUGAAGUGCCCUUGUCCAGCAUUCCAGCCAGGGAUGGUAUCAUUUUUAUAACAUAGUUUGAUGCCUCUUAUAAUUAUCUCAUCUAAGUUAUUCCACACAAUUUAAAAUGAUGCCUAGAGAGGCUACCUGGAACAGAGGCUAGACAGCGUUAAAGGAAUAAAGUAGAUAUUUAUUAAAAGGCUUUCAAGGGAUAUGACUUGGGCAGUACAAGAGCCCAGCUGAGGCUCUACCCAAGACAUGGCGUGUCACGAGUUUUCACACUUUUAUAAGUUUUGGUCCAUUUACAUACAGGGGUUAAUUAUCCAAAUACAGCUUCAGGUUAUGAAGUUCCAUUCUCCCAGUUUGCUUUCCUCAAUCCACUGUUGUUUGCGCUUUUUGGGCCUGAAGCUGUGACUGUGUCCUUGGUUCUCAGUUGUCUAACUAAACUUGCUAACACUUUAUAUCAUGUUCAGAGUCACAUACCAAUGCAGUAUAGAAUCUGAUAAGCCCUCAAAGAAGGAAACUCCCACAAAUAUUUUACCCAUUUGUUUUAAUCAGACUUCUCACUGGGAAGUUUAUAUUAAUUCUGAGCAAUGUCCAACAUCAGUGUUGCUGGAAUUGCACUUAAAUACAACAGUGGGGCUGGUUAGGUAGUGUAUCCUAAUGAGCUCUGCCAUGAGACUUUUUACUUAAUAAUUUGUUAUGGUUCAUUUCAGCCUUUUCAUUUCUUGUUCAUUAAACACUGCCUCAAAAUUGUGAGUUAUCCUCACAAAUUUUGCCAUGGGUAUUCUAGUAUUUGUUUAGGGUGCUAAAGCUGAUUAGCCCUUGUUCAAUUGUGUCAUCAGACUCAACUGAUUGACAUGUGCUGGCAUUCUUUGAAAUACUUUUUGUCAGACUGUUAAAAGCUAAAUAAAUGAGUAUAAAGCAUUAA